AUGGCUUCAGCCACUCCCGUCCAGCCGCACGUAGGCGAGGGCCGGCAGCGACCAGCACCUGGUCUCGCGGAGCUUCUGCCGCUGUGGGGCGCAGCGUGUCCUGAAGACGUGAAGGCCUGGCCGCUCGCGCCGGCUAGGUUCAACGUGCAGGCGUCCAUCACCGAGCUCACCUAUUCGUUCAGACCAAACGUUUUCCUCGCCACGGACGAGUGCACCGGACGACGCGUCGCCGUCAAGACCUACAUCAAGGACCGUUUCUCGUCGCGCAUCGCUCAAGUGCUGGCGCGGGAAAUCAAUGUCCAUAGCAGACUGAACCACCCUAGGAUCCUGCCGCUCUACGCGGCCUUCGAGUGCCCCGCCGCGGUCUACAUCGUCAUGGAGUACGCAGGCGGCCACGACCUGCUGUCGCAGAUGCGGCUGCUGGACCGCCGCAGGCUCCAGGAGGCGUCCGCGGUGCAGGUCGUGCUCGCACCCUUGCUCGAGGCUCUCAGUGCGCUGCACCGCUCGGGCAUCAUCCACGGCGACAUCAAGCCCGAGAACGUGAUGUUCCUCACCGACGGAUCCUUCAAGCUCGCGGACUUCUCCCUCUCGGUGUUCGCCGCGGAGGCCGAGACCCGUUCGCCGUCGUUCGUCGGCACCCCGCCGUUCAUGGCGCCGGAGAUUCUGCGCGGCCAGCUGGCCAAGGCGGCGCGCGAGGCGGGGCACCCGCUCAAGGCGAGCGAGCGGGAGGCGCUCGGGCGGCGGCACGACUACUCCUCGGACGUCUGGUCCGUCGGCGUCCUGGCCUACGAGAUCCUCGGCGGGCACAUGCCGUACGACAUGGUGGCGGACAAGCGCGGGCUGCAGCCGCAGAGCCGGUCCGACAUCGAGCACCGCGCGACGCUGCGGAUCCCCUCGUGCAUGUCGGACGAGGCCGCGGACUUCGUGAAGCUGUGCAUGGCGGACCAGCCGUCGGACCGGCCGUCGGCGCAGGCGCUGCUGCGCCACCCGCUCAUCGUCAAGCACGUGGGGCAGGAGGCGGCGGAGGAGCUGGCGCGGGCGGCGGAGGGCGCGGACCCGGAGACCGCGGCGACUGCGGGGACGUUCCCGACCGCGGCGACGGAGGCGAAGGUCGUGGACCCGCCGGAGAGCCCCGGGAUGGUGGGGAUGGCGGAGGUGGGCAGCGCGGUGGAGGGCGGCGGGCGGGACGGCGUGCGGGGCGAGCACGGCCGGACAGGCGACGGCGCGAAGGUGCCGCCGCGCGUCAGCGGCGCGCAGGAGCUCGGGGGCUGGCCGGCGCCCGGGUGA